CGUAAUAGUCAAAGACAGCAGGGGAUUAGUUCGAGAAUUUAGGGAGCGUCUGAAAUCCGCAGGAGUAGGAGUGGGCAGCGAUGGCGAAAGCAAGUCUGCUACGCUCACAUGACGCUGCAAAUGGGACAAACCACGGCCUUUUCAUAUUUUCACUUAUUUUUCUCUUUAGAAGACACCUGAAGGCAUGGAGCUGUCAGUCUCGAGUUGACCCCCCCGGCUUCGUUAUUGUAUCGUGUCAACAUGCAUUCCUCGCCGACAAUGUUAUUGACAAUUGCUUUAGUGAGUCAGCUUGGUUGCAGAAUAUACUUUAAUGCUCUAAGGUUAGGGGAAAUGGAUGUACUAUCGGGCCGCUCAGUCAAGCUCCCCCAAUCACAGUGUUCAACUGGUAGGGAGUAAGUAAUCGGAGGCUCGCAGAAGAUGAUGGGCAUUUCGUCAAAUUUGACGU